AAUAAAAGGCCGUAGUAAAGGCAGGUAUUACACAGUCCAGACACUUGGAGCUGAACUUGAUCUUCAAGUCCCUAUUCAGCAACUUAGCAACAGAAAGCAGUCACUGAGAAAUAUUGCAGAGGACUUUUGCCACCUGCCACCACAACUGCAACCUCUGUCUGCUUGAAAGAGAAGAGAAAACUCCCAGAAAAAUGAUUUGCUUGUGGUUCCUAUCUCUUGUUGCUUAUGGACUUACAAUACUACAGGGGGUGAAUUGUUGGACAUACCAUUAUUCAGACAGAAACAUGACCUACAGGGAAGCAGAGUUGUGGUGCAGAGAGAGGUAUACACACAUGGUUGCCAUUCAGAAUAAGGAGGAAAUCAACUAUCUCAAUAAGUUCUUACCCUUCAAUCCGGGUUACUACUGGAUUGGAAUCAGAAAAAUUAACGAGGUAUGGACCUGGAUUGGAACUAACAAAGAACUGACAGAAGAGGCAAAAAAUUGGGCUUCUGGUGAGCCAAAUGGCAACGGGAACAACGAGGACUGUGUUGAAAUCUACAUCAAAAGAGGGAAGGAUGAUGGCAAAUGGAAUGAUGAGCAGUGUGACAAAAAGAAAGUUGCCUUGUGCUUCACAGCUUCUUGCAACCCAUCUCUCUGCAGUGGCCGUGGAGAAUGCAUAGAGACUAUUAACAAUCACACCUGCCAUUGUAACCCUGGAUUCUAUGGGCCUGAAUGCGAGUUUGUUGAGAGUUGUGAUCCACUAAAUAAACCUGAUCAUGGGAGCCUCGAGUGCAGCCACCCAUUGGAGAGCUUCAGCUACAACUCGUCCUGCACAGUUCAGUGUGAGGAAGGCUAUGAACUGACUGCAUUGGAAUCUAUAUACUGUACCUCUUCUGGGGUCUGGUCUGCCCCCCUUGCAGCGUGCAAAGCUGUGACCUGUCCUGCCUUAGAGAUGCCUGCUCAUGGUGCUGUGAACUGCUCCCAUCCCUCUGUGGAGCUCAGCUGGGGUACCACCUGUGAGUUCACCUGUGAGGAAGGAUUUACCCUGACAGGACCAGCCACACUGCAGUGUGGGUCUUCUGGGGCCUGGGACAGGCAGCAGCCGUCCUGUGCAGCUGUGAGGUGUGAGGCUGUAACAUGGCCAGAAGAAGGCUUUGUGACCUGUGACCACGCUCCUGCAGAUCUUACCUAUCGCUCACAUUGUGAUUUCCGCUGCAGCGAGGGCUACGUUCUGGAUGGCCCAUCCAGCAUUGAGUGCACAGCACAGGGACAGUGGUCAGAGCCAGUACCAAAAUGCAAAGUUGUACAGUGUGAACCACUGAGCUCUCCUGAGAAAGGCUCUAUGGAUUGCUUACAUGGUGCUGGGAACUUCACAUACAACACAGUCUGCUACUUCAGCUGUCUAGAAGGACGGAGGCUCAAUGGUUCUCAUGUUCUUGAGUGUAGUCAUUCAGGAAACUGGAGCGCUAGUCUGCCCACAUGUGAAGCUUCUGAACAAGUCAGCUAUGUCUCUGUGGGCAUAGCAGCCACAAGUGCCUCCCUGUUGUCCACAGCAUCAUUCCUCCUUUGGCUUGCAAGACGUUUCCGAAGAAAAGCAAAGAAAUUUACUCCUUCCAGUAGCUGCCAGAGCCUAACCAUCGAAGGUAGCUUCCAAAGUGCUGCCCAGAAUGUCUAACUCCAGCUGUUUCAGGAAUUGAAGCCAUCUUUACUUUUGACUCGGAGAUACCUGGAGAAUGAAACUGCACCCAAAUCAGCAGCUGCCCAGAUGUUUUUACCUCUUGCUGACAAGACGAUUGACCUUGUGUACUGCUCAGAAAUUUUGAACUCAAGCUGUCUGGUGUUUCCAUUUAAGACAAGCAGAGAGUAAAACUCUGUCCUUCUGGCAGAAUGCUGUCUAUAUUCAGUCAUGUAGUUAUCAUAACUGGGAGCUUGCCAUCUCUUGUCCAGAUGGUGAACAAAUAGUAAGCUACUGCCUAAAGAGGAGGCUGGUUUCUCCUCUGGUCUACUCCAAAGGUACCUUGGUGAGGUGAAGACAUGCAUUAUUUCACAUCACUUACUACACUGCUGGAGAUGUCUUCUCUGGAGAUGUAUGGGUAAUACUUGCAGAAACAGAAUAAUCGGGAUGAAAAAAUACUCAUUGAAUAGCCUUGAAACCAUUGAUCUGGUUUAUAGUUGAAGUCAGUUUAUUUUAAAAGGAUGUCCCAAUCAAUAAAUAUGCCUGUAGUGAUAUGGGCAAUUAUUUGGGUUUCUGCUGCAUGUCCCAGCAAGCUUAGGGACUUCAAACUUUUUUUGUUGUUGUAAUAGCACUAGGAAUCGUAGUGCCUAUACUAGGUACUUCAGUUUCUGAAUGCAGCAAGUAGAUCUAAAAUGAUCUCAUCCCUGUGGGAUUAUGUACUGUAAUACAGAUGUAUCACAAAUAUUUAAUUGUGUAAUUUUUACUGUGGAUAUUUCUUGCUGUUAACUGUAAAUGUAUUGUAAAAUAGCUGUUCCUGAGUAGGUCUGUGGCCAUUCAUCUGGUCCCAGGUAAUUUUAAAAUGAUUCAGAGGUGUUUGUAGGGAUUUAAUGCCAGUACACUAUUUACAAAUAAAAUGGAAGCCUGAGAUUUGUAUGUAUGUAUAUUGCAACUAUGAUUUAUUAAGCUGUUUAAGGACUUCAAAUGAGAAUGUUUUUCUUAGUAAGUUAUAUUUAAGUUAUAAAUUAAGAAUCUCUGAAUUAGAAUCUGAUAUGUAUUGUCCUAUUUGUAACAGUAUUUACUAAAAUGUU